GAGCUAUUACGGGAGACUAGCCAAUCCAGAACAGCUCCGGCUCCACCGUGGACUAGUAUUUCCGCCACUCCGCUAAAAGUCAUCCAUCCAGAGAGGAGGGGAAAAAAGGGAACGAAAGAAAGAGCCUCACUACUCAACGUAUAUAUUGGUACGCACUUACAAUAUUACUUAGUGCUGUGGCUGAAUUAUCGCCUGCUAUUAUCCUUCCAUUUCCCCUUGCCUAUUCUCUCUUGAAGGAGCCUUGCCCUUUAGUACUGCGAUAUCAUGGAGGCAGAACUCCAGUCACAGAUCCCAGGCCUCGACCAUGUGAUCUCAGAGUACUCUGUGGGCUACCUGACACAUGCUUCAAGGGCAUAUGUUGAAGAUGCGAAUGCUCCGUCGCCCUUGGCGGAAGCCGCCGAUAUGGUCACUGAUCUUCUGGUUUCUGCAUCAGGAGACUUCUCUGACCAGAAUGAAAAGGGUAUUCGAAACUUGGUAACAAAGUUCAUUUCCUCCUUGAGUUCUUCUGACGGCGUCGAUGCGGAGCGAAGGCAAAUGCCGUUCACCGCGAAGAAGCUAGACCAAGCCAUCAAUGUUGGCUCCCAAAGAAACAUUUCCUCAACUCUGGGUCUUGCCGGUGGAAAUGUUGACUUAGAGUCUGCAAACAGCAGGAAAGUAGAGUCCCGUGUAGACCGCAAGAAGCUUGAAAAGGCAGAAAGAAAGAUCCGUGCCAAACAGGAGAAGAAGCAAAUGAAGAUGGUACAAUACGAAUCAUCCCGUCUGCUCGACCAGCCGGACAGCACUAUGUCUUAUGAGGAAUUCUACAUGGCUGUUAACCCGCUCCAGCUAGGCUCGGAUUCUGCGGCAAAGAGUAAGGAUAUAAAGGUCGACAGCAUUGAUAUCUCUGUUGGUGGCCAUCGCAUCUUAACCGACGCUUCUCUCACUCUGGCGUACGGUCGUCGGUAUGGUCUUGUUGGUCAGAAUGGUAUAGGAAAGUCUACUCUUCUACGGGCUUUGAGUCGUAGAGAAGUGGCAAUCCCGAGCCACAUCUCGAUCCUGCACGUCGAACAAGAAAUCAUGGGUGAUGACACCCCUGCCAUACAAGCGGUUCUGGACGCCGAUGUAUGGCGAAAGCGCCUUCUUGCUGACCAAGAAAAAAUUACAAAGCAGCUGGCCGCUCUAGAAGCGGAACGAUCUUCGAUGGCAGACACCUCAAAGGAUGCCGCCAGGCUUGACCACGAAAGGGAAGGCCUAGACAUAACCUUAAGUGAUAUUCACUCCAAACUUUCAGAGAUGGAAUCGGAUAAAGCUGAGUCGCGUGCUGCCAGUAUCUUGGCGGGCCUCGGCUUCUCAUCCGAAAGACAACAGUUUGCAACGAAGACCUUUUCUGGUGGUUGGCGAAUGAGAUUGGCCCUAGCACGAGCAUUAUUCUGCGAGCCAGAUUUGCUUCUUCUGGAUGAACCAUCCAAUAUGCUGGAUGUUCCUUCCAUUACCUUCCUAUCUAACUACCUCCAGGGAUACCCUAGUACUAUCCUUGUUGUGUCGCACGACCGAGCGUUCCUGAAUGAGGUUGCUACCGACAUUGUACACCAACAUUCAGAAAGACUGGAUUACUACAAGGGAGCCAACUUUGACUCGUUUAAUGCGACCAAGGAAGAGCGGAAAAAGAAUGCAAAGCGUGAAUAUGAGAAACAGAUGGCGGAAAGAGCACACCUGCAAGCGUUUAUCGAUAAAUUUCGAUACAACGCGGCUAAGUCAUCUGAGGCGCAAUCAAGAAUCAAGAAGCUCGAGAGAAUGCCAGUCUUGGAACCCCCGGAGAGUGAUUAUGUUGUGCAUUUUAAGUUUCCGGAGGUUGAAAAUCUUUCUCCUCCGAUUAUACAAAUGUCCGAGAUUGCUUUCGGUUAUUCCAAGGAUAAACCCCUUCUGAAAGAUGUUGACCUUGAUGUGCAGCUUGACUCUCGGAUAGGAAUCGUUGGACCAAACGGCGCUGGUAAGACCACGGUGUUGAAGCUGCUGACCGGCCAACUUCAGCCGAGUUCGGGGCUCCUUUCACAGCAUGCUCGCUUGCGGAUUGGAUACUUUGCCCAGCACCACGUCGAUGCUCUGGAUCUGACGACCAGUGCGGUAAGCUUCAUGGCAAAGACCUACCCAGGAAAGACAGACGAGGAAUACCGUAGACAUCUAGGAGCAUUCGGUAUCACUGGAAUGACUGGACUUCAGAGGAUGGAGCUCUUAUCCGGAGGUCAGAAAUCUCGUGUCGCAUUUGCUUGCUUGUCAUUGACGAAUCCGCACAUUUUGGUCCUUGACGAACCUUCCAACCACUUGGAUAUUGAAGGCAUGGAUGCGUUGUCUGAAGCAUUGCAGAAGUUCGAAGGUGGUGUCGUGAUGGUAUCCCACGAUGUGACGAUGUUGCAGAAUGUCUGCACCAGUCUUUGGGUUUGUGACAAGGGAACAGUAACCAAGUUUGAUGGCACUGUUAACGCCUAUAAGAAGAUGAUCAGUUCACAAGCCAAUGAAGCAGGUGUAGCAGUGGCCCAUUAGUUAGAAACUGUUUGAUACCCGGUGGGUAGCAUACACGAUUUGUGUCGAACUGAAUUUCUAUCAACAACCUACUAUUAUUACUAUUGUCACUGCACAAGAAGAAUGGAUGAAUGUAC